UGCCACAUACUUUCACGGUGCAACAAAAAGUUCCUAAGCAACCCUGGGACGCCGCGGACUGGCUCUAUUUACACAGUAGCCCUAGGGCGAUGGCUACGUCUCUUGGGAGCGCCGCCUACAUGUUGAAUGGUUUAUAAUCCCUCGGUGCCGCCCCAUUUCCUCAUAAAGUCCGGCAGGUGAGGAGGAGAGCGCACCGCCGACAGAGAUGUCUCUAGCGCAGCAGUCCCAGACCUGGUUCCCCACUCACGUCCAGGUAACCGUGUUACAGGCUAAAGGCUUGAAGCCGAAGGGCAAAGCGGGCACCAACGAUGCGUACGCCAUCAUCCAGCUGAGCAAAGAGAAAUACUCCACCACGGUGGCCGAGAAGAGCCAAGCUCCCGUGUGGAAGGAAGAAGCCACCUUCGAGGUGCCCCUGUUACACAAUGACAACCAGGAGCGAUGCACCGUGCGCGUUAUCGUCAUGCACCGAGCCCUGGUGGGGAUGGACAAGUUCCUGGGGCAGCUGGAGCUCAACUUGUGGGAGUUGCACCAGAGCAGGAACAGGAGAAAAGUCCAAUGGUACCCACUGAGGUCCAAGCCUGGAAAAAAAGAGAAGGAACGUGGUCAGAUAGAGGUGGACGUCCAGUUCAUGAGAAACAAUAUGACUGCUAGCAUGUUUGACCUCUCAAUGAAGGAGAAAUCCCGCUCAACUCUAGGAAAAUUAAAAGACAAGAUCAAGGGAAAAAAACAUGAUGGAUUCCCAGACACUGCAUCAGCCAUCAUUCCCAGCGGGAAUCAGUACGACAGCGAUGAGGAAAUGCCAGCAGCAGAAAAGAAGAAAUCUAAACUGAAGAACCUGUUUUCAAAGCCAGGACUAAAGAAGAACUCUAUCUCACAGUCCAUGUCUGUCUUGCCAACGUUUCCUCCAUCUUCCUCUCCAAAAACAUUGCUAAGGCCUGCUGAGUUUUCAUCAGAUUUCACUCCACCCACAGGGUCUCCAGCAUCUGAAAGACGAUUUCCUCAUCUUCCUGUGAUCAUGACACACAAAAGAACGGUAAGCGCUGAUACAAGCCAGCUAAACCAAGCAGUCUCUGGUAAUAAGAAGGAAGGAUUGUCCUUGUUUAGUGGUAUGAAGCCAAAGAAUGAUCCAAUGACCAGGUCCAAUCUAUGCAUAAAUGGAAAUCACGUAUACGCAGAAGAAUCUGAACCUAGAAGCGAGAGUCCCAAAGACAACUCCCAAACAAACUCCCCACAGAUCUUGCGCAAAAAUCAACUUUAUGCCUCUGCUGAAAACUUGUCUUCCAAAGCAUCCAAAGAAACCAAAACCAGCCUCCCUUCAGAGAAAGAACAAACCCCUGCUUCCUCAAAUGAUUCUCUCAAAUCCUCAACAGUGUCUGCCUCUCAAAAUUCCAAAGCAGAAGAACCUAGAUCAAAGACCCUUCCAUUGCCUUCAGAUGUGCCAAAAGAGGCAAAAGAGAACAAAAAGCAAGAGAAUAAGAAAUCAUCACUUCUUUCCUUGGUGACUGGCAAAAAGGAAACUCCCAAAGUCCCUGAGAAUGAGCCUUCUGGCGUGCACUUCAAAGGGGAUAUGUCAAAAGAUACCAGCAAUAAAUUGGAACAGUCCGGCAAGAAGACCUCACUGAAUCCUUUUGAAGAUGACCUAAAAGAAGAGAAGAAACCAGAACCACUUCCCACCUCGGCUAAGACCACCGCUGUAAAACCAAGACUGGACGUGUCUUCAGAGGCUGAAACCAAAGCCAAGCUUUCUUCUUCUAACUCUUUCUUUGCUGCAUCUUUUUCUGGUGGCCAAGAUGGUGAACCAACUUCUUUGCCUGAUUCUCCUACUGCUUCCAACACUUCAUUGUCAACCUCACAUGGUAAAGCCCCAAAUUCUCCUUCAGAAGGCUACCUAAGAUUACAAAGUGACACCAAAGGUGACACACCAGUAGAAUCAUAUACGGACUAUGAAAAACCUUCUGUGCCUUUGUUCUGGAGGUCAAGUGUGUCGCCAAGCAAGGAGCCUGAGCCCAGAGAGGUUCAUGUUGUUGAACCGUUCAAUGAAAAAAACAAAGAGAGAAAGACUUAUGUUAAAUCCCUUCUUGAACAGCUAACACGCAAGUCACCAACUAAUAGUGUGGCUGAUGCCGAUGCCGUUGAUGUAGAUUUGGUUAAGGGAGUUUUCCCUAUACAUCCAGAUAACUCCCCCUUUGAUGACAUGCCACGUACAGAUACUGGUAGUCCUGAAAGUGAGAAAAGUGAUGUGCAAUUAACCAAAACUUUUAAAGAAACUCCAAAACCAGCACCUAGAACACAGACUGCUUCUAAGAAACAAGAACCAGAUGAUGAAACUAAGCCAGCACCACCAAAACCAGCACCUAGAAGUGCUGCUAGAUUAAGUAAAUCUGCUGAUGUGCCUGCAAUUUCUUCCAAACCAGAAAAGGCACCUGCUAUAUUUUCCAACCAGGAGCUAGAACAGGCUUCAAAUGUUGGAUCUUCGCUGAACAGUAGCCAGGCAAUAACUGAGGUCAAGAUGGCAAGUCCAAAGACCAAUGACUUUAGUUUAAGGUUAGAUGAACUUCCAGUAAUUCCAGAGAAUCCAGAGGGAACCUCGGAUGAUGAGCAGCUUGAAACCAAAGAUGACCUCUUUUACAGUCAUUCUUCCAACAGAUCACCAAAUGCAUCCGCUACCAGAGACACAAAUUCACACCUCAAUGUGCAGAAAAACAGUGUUUUAAAAACAAAUAAUGACGAGGUUGACUUUGCUUUGGAUCAUAAGAAUGAGAAGAAUCUAAAUCCUGAAUGUGUGGAUAAGACAAAUGCAUCCGAUAGAAACUCUGACACACAUGAAAUUAGCAGGGUCAGCCAGAGCGGUGAUAUAGCAAACCACCACAGACCUAUUAACUCUUCUCCUGGCUAUUCUUCUCCCACACUUGCUUCUCUUCCAACUGACAAACUUACCAUUCCUAGUGCCGAUUCCCCGACAAAUCCAGCCAUUGAGGGUACUGAUAAAGUGGAUAACUCUGGCAAAAAGAAGCUUCUUCGGGCAUGGGUUUCACCCUCUGAAACACAUCCAAUCCCUACAGUGCAGAGUGGUGGGACAGUGUCUUCCAGGAUAAGGACAAAUCCAGUAAAGCCCAUGAGCGCAACACAAAACAAAACUGUUUCAGGAUUCUCUCAGCCAAUCAAGAGCCACGAUGUUGCUAUAAAGAAAUACGACACUGCAGACCCUGCGGCUGCAUACUCCCAACUCACUCACGAUGAGUUAAUUCAGCUGGUCCUGAAGCAAAAAGACAUCCUCUCAAAGAAGGACGCCCAAGUGCGGGAACUGGAGGAUUACAUUGACAACCUGCUUGUGCGGAUUAUGGAGGAGACCCCCAACAUCCUCUGGUCCAUAAACCAGAAGGCGGGCAAGUGGUAAAUGUGUGCAAACGGACACAACUUCUCAUAAUGUAGGUCAGUGAGCAUUGUGCAGUGACAAACCUUGCUCAGUCGUGUUUUGGGAAGAGCUUUUGUGUUUGGGCAAUGCGGAUGAAUGAUUCUUCAUUCCUUCAAUGUAAAAUACUCCUGUUUAUUCUUCUGACUGAUUUAUGCUGUAAGGCUUGGGUUUUCUAAUUCUGCACUCCAGCUCUCAUAAGAUAGAGGUCAUCUUGGCAUAAGCAGUGGAUCUGGAUUAUAGAGAGAACAUCACCAAAGCCAAUGCGGAAGGAAAAACCCUGCCGUAGGUGCCGGUACUUUUUACUGAAUUCUUCUCCUACAGCCUGAUUGUAUUUAAAUGAUGUGAUGCAAUGAAGGCUCUGGAGCCCAUGAAUAAUGUCUGGGACAUAAACAUGCCCAAAUUUGCUGCCUGUCCUUCAUGGGCCUCCAGUUACGCAACUCAGGCUAAACCAAUUAAAUGACAAAUGCUCUUAUUUACUGUUAGAAAGAUGAGCAAUAAAAAGUAGCAGUAAUAAUAAUAAGUGUGUAGCCUUACAGAGCAUUUGCUGUUUAGAAGGGAUCAGCGACGCCCGUCUGAAAGCUGGAAAGAGUUAGAAGAAAAAGCCAAAUAAUUUUAAAACUAUAAAAAAUAAAUAAUGACAACCAAUAGAAAAGUUGGAAUUGGUCAUUCUAUUACAUACUAAAAGUUUACUUAAAGGUGAACCACUCCUUAAAUAACCUCCCAUUCGAGUAUAUCAAAUUUAUUAAAGUUAAAAAAUAAAAAAAAAACUCGCAUGAAUUCGAAAUUCACCUUUGAUAAAUGUGCCUCUAAGUGUAUCCCUAAUUAAGGUGGCUUUUCAGAAGGCUUUGACUUUUUUUUUUUUUAAAGGGGAAUUAAAAACCCCACCCACUGUUUUAAAAGUAUGGAGGCGGUGUUUUAUUCAGAUUAGUCGCCUUUAGUCGUAUAAUUCAAUCUUCUAGACUAUAUAAAAACAGUUUUCUCAAUUGUAUGUAGAAUGUAUCUCUUUCCACUUGUGAACUACAAAUCUGUAGAAAAGGCUGUAACCUAGCCUUUCUGGCCAUAAACAUGGCAUUGUCACGUAAAACGUGUGUAAAAUCUUUACCUUGCGUCUGUUAUAUUUGGUUUAGCCCUGUUAAAAUUUUCUAUAAUCCGUCGGUGAAGAUCUAAAAGCUUCCACUCUCAAAAAUAACACGGGCAGGUUUGGUGCCUUUGUCAGACUGUUAUAUGAAAGAAAUGUGUGUUAAAUAUUUAUAUUUUUAUGCCUUGUAUAUUGGAAAACGUAUCUCCGUUCUGUAACUGAAUCAGAAACUCUCUCUCUGCUCUUUUCUGAAAUGCUUUGUACAAAAAAGGUAUAUUUUAAUUAAUUAUUCAAAUAUAUAUUUGUAUGUACUAAAAACAUAAUUUUGAAAUGAACAAAAGUAAUUGAACCAUAAAACACUGCAGAGUGUUGGGUAAAUCGGGUAUGAAUGGCACACAGACAAUCUGACAUGUGAUUUUAUUCAAUCUUUUCGAUUCACAAGGGAUUCUACUCUGUAUUUUUACAUUGUUAUUUAGAUAAAACUUGUUGUUA